AAAUCAGUUGUUUCUUGGGUAACCUAGCUGUUGUGUCUUUUGUGGUCUCUACUCAAAGAACUAACAUAGUGAUUCAUAAUGUAAUCCAAUACGCCUCAUGUAUUUAACGUUGAUGCUUCCAGUGACAAAAUAUAAUUUGCCAAAAUGAUAGAACUUCAACAGAAUUGUGUACAAAAUUCGUUACAAGAAUGAGUUACUCUCGCAAAAUAUUUUUUGGUACUGGAAAUCGCUCCACAGAUAAGAUUUGAACACAAUGUUUUAAAAUUUUUCUCCUAUUAUAAGUGACAAGUUAUUCUACAGUCAUAACGACAAAUCUAUUAUAAGUAAUCUCAUAAUUUAAAUUCAAAUAACUGCAUGUUAAUACCCUUUUAGAAGAUGCAACUCUCAACCAUUGAUAGAGGGGGUCCGCACAAGACAACCGAGCCCGCUACCAAAAUGACGCGAGACACUUUAUCGAUCGCUCUCCACAACUCCGGAAAGAAUGACAAAAGUGAAAAGAAUGGCCUGGACAACCCUGCCUUGGUUAUGGGAUCAAAAACAUCGAUCAACCCACCAGAAAUGUACAGUGCACCACCAUACUCAGAAAAAGGAAUGUCAAAAGAUGUGUUGCAAAGUGUUUACGUUGUGCCUGCCAAUGGAACUAAAACAGAAAAAGAAGAAGAAUAUGAUCCGUACCUCAACAGAAACGUCAAACAUCCGACAACGUACUGGGAGACACUGAUCCACAUGUGGAAAGCCAGCCUGGGAACCGGAAUCCUUGCCAUGCCAAACGCAUUCCAUAAUGCUGGAUUUGCCGUUGGAACAAUCGGAACACUCGUCAUAGGAUUUCUGUGCUCUUACUGCAUUCAUAUUCUCAUAAGUACACAAUACGAGCUUUGCAGGCGAAGGAAAACACCGAGCAUGACCUACCCGGCCACAGCUGAAGCAGCUUUCCAAGAUGGGCCCACGUGGACUAGGAGGAUUGCUCCCUAUGCACCGGGUAUAUGUAACGCGUUCCUCCUAGCUUAUCAGUUGGGAAGUUGCUGUAUCUACGUCGUUUUCGUUGCCAGCAACAUUAAGUCGGUGAUGGAUGACUACAUUGAACCUAUGGACGUGAGGGUGUACAUGGUGAUCCUUCUGGUGCCGCUGAUCCUCAUCAACUGGGUGCGGAACCUCAAGUACCUGGCACCCUUCAGCUCGCUCGCCAACAUCCUGACAGUGAUCAGUUUCGCCAUCACCGCCUUCUACGUGUUCCAGGACCUCCCCGACCUCUCCACCCGGGCGGCUGUCGGCAGCUUCAAAGGGAUGCCGCUAUUCUUCGGAACUGUGUUGUUCGCCAUGGAGGCUAUCGGAGUGGUAAUGCCACUUGAGAACGAAAUGGACAACCCGAAGAGGUUCGGAAGUGCAUUCGGUGUGCUCAACUGUGCCAUGCUACCCAUCACCAUCCUCUACACCAUUGUCGGCUUCUUCGGAUACCUCAAGUAUGGCGAAAAUGCUGCCGGAAGCAUCACUCUCAACUUACCAGGCGAUCAACUGCUGGCUCAAAGUGUGAAGCUUAUGCUUGCCUUAUCCAUCUUUGUGACUCACGCCCUGGCUUGCUACGUAGCCUUUGACAUCACAUGGAACCAGUACAUGGGACCAAGAGUCGAAUCCAAGAAGAUGUUCUGGGAGUUCUUCUGUAGGACAAUGCUUGUUGUAGUCACAUUUGGGUUCGCCGUUGCAAUUCCGAAUCUGGAACUGUUCAUCUCUCUGAUUGGCGCUCUCUGUCUCUCUACUAUGGGUCUCUCUCUUCCUGCAGUCAUCAACAUGCUAACAUUCUGGGAUCAGUAUAGAGGCGUUGGAUUUAUUCUCUUCAUCUCCAAAAAUAUGUGUAUCAUACUCAUUUCAGUUCUAGGAUUUGCUGUAGGAACCUCAACAAGCUUACAUGAGAUCAUAGAAAAGUUUUUCCAUUGAUAAUCAAAACCACUGAUUAUGAUUUGACAUAUCAAAACUGUAACUUAUACAUCACUGCACAAAACUAGCUCUUUCUCUGAUUGACUGACCUAUCAAACUUUUCUCAUUGAGUUUGUCUUGAAAUUUAUGUGUUGAAUGUUGAAUUUUAACUUCAUCUUACACUCCGGUGAAUUUUCAAAUGUUAAUUUUAUCCCUAAAAAAUCGACUUGAAGGUAAACUUUAGUGAGAUUUCUUCCUAGCCAAAAUUUUAAUUUCGCUAUACUUGGAGCUAGUUCUAUAAAUUGUAUUUAUUUUUGAGUUUAUAAUAUCAAUGAGAAUUCCAAUGACUUCUAGAAUUAGGACUUCUGAAAUGUAGUUUGUUAAGAGAGACUGUGAUAAAUUUGAAACAAAAAUCUAUUUUCGUAGGCAUAACUGAUGACUGUAUUUGUGAAACUCAUCCACAUUUCUCCUUCCAUUGUAAUUAGUUAUCAUGUCUUUUCAUCAUUUCCUUGAGAUUAACGCUAUCUUUGAACAAUUAUAUUAUCACCUACAUGUAUUUUGUUUUACAAACAAAUGGUUUUUGAAAUAUUUUAAUAAUAUUAUAGCAUGACUCAUAUUGUAAUAAAAAUGAAUUUUGAUCCAUUUGUAAUACUAAGAAAGUGAUUAUACACUGUUAUUCAGAACUACUGUAAACAUAAACGAUCAAUUUUUAAUAAUAUUUCUAUCUUAUAUAUGUUCUACUUAAUAUGCUACCUGUCAAAUGCUUUUAUGAAUACUGUAAACUAAUUUUAUAUCGAAUGCAUGUAUCAAAUCAACAAUAGAUACAUAACUUUUUCAAUUAGGUACCUAACAUCGGUUCAAUGUGCUUAUAUUAUUAUAAUUGCCUUUCCUUGUACAUUUUUGUGAUGCGAUGAUUGACUUUGUAAGUAUUUUUACGUCGUAAGGUUGUUAAGUAUUCUAUUCUCAAUUAAGAAUAUUGUUAGUUCGAUAAAUAAAGAAUGACUAAAAAAUUUAA